AUGAGGUCGGAACACUUGGCUUUUAUUAUCAUAUUAAUCAUCUCAGGACAACUCUAUGCAGAAGAGAAACCCUGUGGUUUUCCUACUGUGGAAAAUGGAAGGAUUGCUCAAUACUACUAUACUUUUGAAAGUUAUUAUUUUCCAAUGGGCCUAAACCAAAAUUUAUUAUUUUCCUGCUUGGCUGGUUAUACAACUGAAACUGGGAAGCAAGAGGCACGGACCACAUGUACAGCAGCUGGCUGGUCCCCAGACCCACGGUGCUUCAAAAAAUGCCCUAAGCCUGACUUGAGAAAUGGUUAUAUCCUGGAUACAAAAUUAUUUUACAAAAUUCAAGAGAACAUGCAUUACGGUUGCUCGUCUGGAUACAAAACCACUGCAGGGCAGGAUGAAGAAGUGGUUCAGUGCCUUGCUGGUGGAUGGUCUUCUCAGCCAACCUGUAGGAAGGAACAUGAAACCUGCUUAGCCCCUGAAUUACAUCAUGGAAAUUAUUCCACAACCCAGAAAAUGUUCAAAGUGAAAGACAAAGUGCGGUACGAAUGUGCCCCUGGGUACCACACAGCUUCUGGGAAGAGGACGGAGGAAGUGGAGUGUCACCCAUACGGAUGGGCCCUCACCCCACGAUGUGCCAAAUUAAAAUGCUCUUCUUUAAGGUUAAUAGAAAAUGGCUAUUUUCAUCCUGUAAAGCAAACCUAUGAAGAAGGAGAUGUAGUUCAGUUUUUCUGUCAUAAAAAUUAUCAUCUCAGUGGAGCUGACUUAAUUCAGUGCUAUAACUUUGGUUGGUACCCAGAAUCUCCGGUCUGUGAAGGAAGAAGAAACCGAUGUCCUCCUCCACCUCUGCCUCUGAAUUCCAGAGUUCAAACAUACUCCAUCGCUUACCGUCAUGGAGAAGCGGUUCGAGUUGAAUGCGGACUUAACUUUGGGAUACGGGGAUCGGAAGAGAUACGCUGUGAGAAUGGAAAAUGGACAGAGCCUCCCCAAUGCGUUGAAGAAAAUGAGAGGACAGCCUGCAAGGAGCCACCCUUUGUUGAGAAUGGUACAGCAAACCCACGCUCUAAGCUUUAUUACAGUGGGGAUAAAGUGACAUACACGUGUGAAAGUGGCUAUCAUCUCCGUGGACCAGGAGAAAUAACGUGCACACGUGGAAAGUGGACCCUCCCUCCUGCGUGUGUCGAAAAUACUGAGAAUUGUAAUCCUCCACCUGAUAUAAUAAAUGGGGCUGUUAUUGGUGGAUUAUUGGCAAACUACACAACGGGAUCCUCGGUGGAAUAUAGAUGCAAUGAGUAUUACUUAUUAAAAGGAGCAAAAAUAUCUCAUUGUGAACAAGGGAAAUGGUCGACCCCACCUGUUUGCUUAGAGCCGUGUAGUGUUGACGUGGACCACUUGAGCAGAAAUAACCUAGAGAUGAAGUGGAAUUAUGAAGGAAAGAUCUUACAUGGGGACUUAAUCGAUUUUGUAUGUAAACAAGGAUAUGACUUGUCUCCAUCAUCCCCACUCUCAGAAUUAUCCGUGCAGUGCAACAGAGGAGAAGUGAAAUAUCCUUUAUGUACUAGAAAAGAAUCUAGAAGAAUGUGUGCAACUCCCCCACUUAUUAAAAAUGGAGUUACUGUGAGUCCAGCAGCAGGCGCCUAUGAAAAUGGCUCCUCGGUGGAAUACAGGUGUUUCGAUCACCAUUUCCUGCAAGGGUCUAGGAAGUCCCAUUGUCUAGAGGGAGUGUGGACCCCCCCGCCACUGUGUUUGGAACCUUGCACAUUAUCUUAUGUUAAAAUGGAACAUAAUAAUUUACUCCUUAAAUGGACUUUUGACAAUAGGCCAUAUAUUCUCCAUGGCGAAUAUAUUGAGUUUCUUUGUAAGGGAGAUACUUACAUAGCUGAGUUACCUGUUAUCGGAUCUGAACUUCGAGUGCAGUGUGACAGAGGGCAGUUAAAAUACCCAAGAUGCGUUCAAAGAGAAAGGACAUUGUCUCAUCAAGAACCUUUAAGGACAUACAAAUGA